CGCGUAGAUAGAAAGACAGAAGCAUUGACGAGAGCUAGUUAGGGCUCUCGUCUUUCAGUUGGCGAAUGUUCCCCUUUGCCUCCACAUAGUGUACCCUAGUGAAGUGUGGCACAACAACAACAACUAUGGCAGCAAACCCCCUGGAAAUUCAACCAAACUUGAAAGCACAAGAGAUGGCUCUCACUUUAGAACCACCGAAACAUUUGGGAGAAAUUAAAUCAGCCACAAGAGUAACUGGAGGACCAGCAACUCCUAGGAAAGGACCACCAAAGUUCAAACAAAGGCAAACAAGACAGUUUAAGAGCAAGCCGCCAAAAAAAGGAGUACAAGGGUUUGGUGAUGACAUUCCUGGAAUGGAAGGAUUAGGCACAGAUAUCACUGUCAUAUGCCCCUGGGAGGCCUUCAAUCAUCUGGAACUACAUGAACUAGCACAAUAUGGUAUCAUCUGAAGUGGCGACGGAACUCUGCAUUUUUACUGUGCUCCUCGGAAGACUUUCCAACACCACCCUGCCCUCUCCCUUCUAUUUCACCAGUGGCUUCAAAAGCAGAAAAGAGGCCAAGCCUCAAGGUUGCAGACACACCUGCAAAGAAAAGCAUAAUAGUAAAAACAAACUCUCCUUUCCAGACUCACAUUUCCUUUGAACUCAUACUAUGUUUAAAACAUGAAGGUGUUUUCCUGAAAUGCAUCACGCAGAAUUCUUGUCUCUUGUUAUUACCAAAGCUGAUCAUUUUUCAACUGACCUUCUUUCAUCCAGUUUCCAACUAUGUUAGCUAAAAACUCUUUGUAUCAUGGACAUAUUAACAAGAACUAUUAUGCUUUUUUAAAAUGCACCUCUGUGGAAACAUCAUGAUGGCGCAUAUGCAAAUCCAUUCUGAUUAUUGUGAUUCUUUAAGUAUUGAACUUUGUAGGAGAACUAUGUAUGUUUGUGAUUCUGUGAAUGUCCAAGGUGGAAUUCAGAAAUCCCCAAAAUCGCUAACACGUACCUCCUUCUGAAUGAGAGAGUGACCCAAAACAGCACUGCAUUACUAUUAGUAUCCAUCAGUCAAAUCACAUUUUCUCUAUGACUUGUUGCAAUAUUUAAGUUUUAAGUAGUUAAAUCCUUGAACUUUGUCCACCCCUCUCCCCAAAGUGAACUACUCAGGGACUCUUCGAAAUUUAAGUUUGUUAAAAACUUGUAAUAAGAGAUUGCUAGUGAUCUGUGUAAUGUGUGGAUGAAUUAUUUUAUUAUUAAGUGAUUGCCCUUAUUUAAGUUACUCACAUUCAUUCACCUACCUGUUCUCAAUAAUUCAUUCAUAUUGCUUGUUUUUUCCAUUGUUACUCAUGAACAUUUUCAUUUUAUCCUCAUUGAUUGCAAAUCAAAUGUUAUCUUUUAUAUCUAAUUUUUUAUAACUUGUACCAAAUUGUUCCAUUUUUAUAUCUUUGUCGAUUGUUCUGUUUGGUUUUAGCUUAUUGAAUUCAAAAUCCUCCUUGAUCACUUCUGUAAUAUGGCAGUUAAACCUUUUCCUCAUCUUGUUAGAUGUCGCUUCUUCUUUUCUGAAUUACAACCUCAGAAAUUUACUUUAUCUUGUGUAAAUUUAUUGCUGUAAAGCUACUGUCAUCUAUGCAAAGAGAAAGUUCCAAUUUCCACUUUUCAAAGUUUGCAUGUUUGAUGUUAUUUCUUCAAACGUUUAUUAUUAUCAUUUACUUUGUUUUAUUUAUUGACUAUAAAUUUCUGCUAUAUCUUCCAUUUCUAACCUCAUCCUGCUUUGACUUUCAUUUUGGAUUUCACUUUUGAAUGAACUUUUCCUUACAAUUUUAAUUUCAAGUUUUUUUUAUAAAUUUAUCAUUUAAAAAAUACUAAGACCAACACAUUUCAUCAUUUCUUCAUUCACUUUGUUGUGUCUUAUUUCUGUUCAGUUUUGGUGUUUUCUAUCUGUCUCUAAUUCUGGGCUAAAAUCUACAGAAGGAGGUAUGUUCAGGAAAGAUCAACAAUGCUGCGUGGGGAUUCUUAACAAAAACCUUGACGGGUUGUAGCGUGUUUAAACUGAAAUGUUGUCAUCUGGAGAUUGGAUUGUUCUCUCAUAAAUCCAAUAAAGCUUGAAAAAAAAAAGGA